GAAGUAGCCGAGCAGAAGAAGAAACAAUCGCGAUUCACAUUUUGUUCCUCUCUUAGCUACAUGUGUCAUCCGGUGGAGUUUUUGCCAAAUCAGCAGUGAUUUUUUUUUUAAACUAGUUUCAUUUAGUAUGAAUAUUGUUUGUUACCUUUAAGCUUAUACGCCCUGGAUUCAACUAACAAAAAAACAUUUAUGUCCUAACGGAAGAUUUCUUCAAAGGAAAUGAAACAAAAACGGUGAAUGUUUUAGUCUCCAAGUAACAGUGAAAAUGGGAAAGAAAAGGGGGAAGGACAAGAGGUCCAAAGAAGAGGAUGAACUUGAUCUGACAGUUCCAUCCUGCAGACAUAUCAAGAAGGGGACAGACCAAACAUUUCUGAAGAAACUUUCUGGUAUUCCUGAUUGGACAAGUUGCCAGGAUUGUAAGCAUGAGGAGAAUAAAGAAAAUAUCAACGCGCCUCUACCACAGGACUCUGAAGAAGAAAAAGAAAGUGAAGGAAUGUGGAUGUGCUUGAAAUGUGGCCACAGAGGAUGUGGAAGAAACUCUGAGAACCAGCAUGCCAUCAAACAUUAUGAGACUCCUCACUCCGAUCCACAUUGUCUAGUGGUCAGUUUGGACAACUGGAGUGUGUGGUGUUACAUAUGUGAUGAUGAAGUUCAGUACUCCAGAACGGGGCUUUUAGCGCAGCUGGUGAGCAAUCUGAAAAAGCAGACCUCAACGGAGUCCAUAAAAAGACCACAGAAAAGAGUAAAAGAGGAGGUGGAUCUGCUGGAAGCUAAACAGACAACAGAAACUGUGAACAUGGAGGAAUGUGAGAACAAGGACAACGAAGAAAACAGGAAAAAUCAAAAGGUGAACAUCAAGAAAGGGAGUGUUGAGAAAUUACAAAAUCACAAGACAACCGAAGAGAACUCUGGUGUCCCAGUGAGAGGACUGAGCAACCUUGGAAACACCUGUUUCUUUAAUGCAGUCAUUCAGAAUCUUUCUCAAACGCAGCUGUUAAGACAGAUUAUCAUCAAAGCGACAGAAGAGAAAAGGAGUGUGGAGAUCAAAUCUGGCAUCUGCUUGGAUCUGGAGCCUAUACUAGUGGAGUUAGACCAGCCUGGAUCCCUCAGUUUGUCUAUGUGUAAACUACUCUACGAGAUUCAAGAAUCCAAAAAGGGAGUGGUAACGCCACGGGAGUUGUUCACGCAAGUUUGCAAAAAGGCAGCUAGAUUUAAAGGAUUUCAGCAGCAAGACAGCCAGGAGCUGUUGCGAUAUCUACUCGACGGGAUGCGAGCUGAAGAACUUAAGAGAGUAAGCACAGGGAUAAUGGAGGCAUUGAAACGAUCAAAUAAAGGCACCGAUGAAGAGCACCUGAAAGCACGAUUAAAAGAGUAUGAAAAAAAUGGAUUACCACAAAACUUUGUUGACCAAGUUUUUGGUGGUGAAAUGACCAGCACCAUAAUGUGUGAGCAGUGCAAAACGGUGUCUGUAGUCACGGAGAUGUUUUUGGAUCUUUCCCUACCUGUUUCUGACGAGGCAUACAGAAAGAAAAACCAAAAGAAAGAACUUCCGAAGAAGAAUUCGUUAAGCCAGGAUGGCACAACCAGCCCUGACUUGACCAGCGGAAAUGACGACAUAUCCACUGGUGUCAGCAGCAAGUACCAGCAGAAAAAGGCUAAAAGGCAGCAAAAGAAGCAAGCGAAGCAACAAAAGAGACAGCAGAAGCUGGACAGUAAAGUUACUCUGGACGUUCUGACAUCUCCAAGCCGUGCGGAAAAUGAGGAAAUCGACGGUACUGAAGAUAAAACGGACGUAAAAAACACCGAUGCUGAACCACACGAAGAAACCUCAGUCAGUGACCCACAUCCUGAUCUAGGACAGGACCAAAAUGCCUCGCGAGAAAAAGAGAACGGCGAGGAUUCAGCGACAGACUGUGACUCGUUAGCUGCGUCACCAGUCAGCAACCGUUUUACUGCCCUGUCAGAAGAGCAGCGCUCACAGGACAGCACCUUGUGUGAUAAAAUGUCCGACAUGGAGCUGGAAGAAGAGGACGACACGGCGCUGGUGGAUAAAAUGGAAAGAGUGGACCUGAAUGACGCUUUCGUGGAAGAUUCAGACGCUUUGGAACAAGGCGUGGAGAGAGAAAAUGAAAUGCUGGAGGCCAAAGAAUAUACAGUAACAAACCAAGACCCGGAGCUGGCCUUCAACACCCUGGCUACCAGAACACUUCCAGAGAAACAGGAGUGUUCAGUACAGUCGUGUCUUUUCCAGUUCACAGAAGUGGAAACUUUAACACAGAGUAAUAGUUUGCUGUGUGUCACUUGCACUAAACAGCAGCAGGGUAAAGAUAAAGUCAAAGGAACCAAGAGCAAUGUUUACACGGAUGCCUUGAAGCAGAUGCUGAUCUCCUCUCCUCCAGCUGUCCUUACUCUUCAUUUGAAAAGAUUCCAGCAGAAUGGAUACAGUAUUUGUAAAGUCAACAGACACGUCCACUUUCCACUGAUUCUGGACCUCGCUCCUUAUUGUGCAGCCAAAUGCAAGAACAUUUCAGAGGGAGAUGCUCAGAUUUUGUACAGUUUAUAUGGUAUCGUCGAGCACAGUGGAACAAUGAGGUCUGGUCAUUACACAGCCUAUGUAAAAGUUCGUCCCGAGUAUCAUAAACCCUCAUCUAAUGGAUUUACUAAAGAAGGAGAAGCGGAGCCUCUCAGAGGAGUCUGGUUCCAUGUCAGUGACACAAGUGUCCAGCCUGUGAGCGAGAGUAAAGUCCUGAGCUGCCAAGCCUACCUCCUCUUCUACGAAAGAAUCUUCUAAGUCUUUUGUGCCUUUAAACUCAGGAAAUAAACAACUAACUCACAUGCUGCUUUAGUUUAUGAACCCAAGUAAUGUCAAUCAGGACUUUGGAAUAACAGAAAAUAAUUCACAGACAUGACAUUUAUUAAUAAUGUCAUCAUAUACUGUUUUGAGUGGUAAAUACUGUGUCUGUAUAUGCCAGUUUCAAGGAAAAUUGAUAAUGUGAUUAUCAAUUAAUGUGAUAAACUUCACAUUAACAUUUAAUGAUAAUGUGAUCAUGUAAAUCAUCAUUGAAUCAAGGGGAUAGAAAGGUAAAUAAACGUUUAGGUACAAGCAUAUGUCAAAUAUAUCUGUGUAUAAA